CCUUACUCUGCCUCAGGCUCAACGUGGGCUCCAGACACAGAAUCAACUCAGCUGGAGGAACAUCAGCUCUCAGGCUGCCAACCGGAUGGGAGCCUCCUCCAAAGCACCUGCCAGGUUCCCGUGAGCCUUCACCAGCGCUGGCCUUGAUGCCCUGGGCAGUUCCCAAGGGGCGAAAGGCCAGUUCUGCUCGGAGAAUUUUGCACAGAUGAACAGAGGACAAGUCAGCACCUGAAGACGCUCUGGGAGGUCUUAUUAUAGGAGGAGGCCCAGGUGGUGACACUUUCAAGAAAUGACUUCAAUUUCCUAACAUCAAAGCCCAACAGAAUUCAGAAUUCUGGUCACCCUGACCCUAACCCAAUGCCCAGACCUCAAAAGGAAAAGAAGAAACCUGCAGCCCAACCCGGCCAUUCUUGUUUCCUCCUCGCCCGGAGCGGAUAUCACCCCCCUGUCACUCAGAAAGAAGGCUCACUGGGCUCAGGCAGGGGAGAGUGGAGACUGACGGACGCGCUGUCCAAUCAGAAGCCCCCGUGCUGAGCGCUGACCAAUCCUGAGUGCAGCCAGCGAGCAGGAGGCGGACUUCCGCAAACAAGUUGGAAUUUAUUUCUCCGCGGUCCGCGGUUCCACUCAGAUUCCUGCAGUUGGACUCCAGGCUUCACUCCAUGCCCGGGAUCCCGGGUGGCUCUGCCAUGCAGGGGCCGAAGCUCCCCAGGGCAGACUUGGCUGCUGGGCACCAGGAGACGGAGCCUUUGACAUUUGGGGAUGUGGCUAUUGAUUUCUCUGAGGAGGAAUGGGAAUGCCUGGAUCCUGCCCAGCAGAAUUUAUAUAGAGAAGUGAUUUUGGAGACCUACAGUAACCUGGUCUUUGUGGCCAUGACUUCUCAUCAUCCUCAAGAAAUUUUACCAGCGCAGGGAAUAAAAGAGAGAGAGGGAAGAUAUGGAAAGAGUGACCUUGACUAUUUACAACUAAGAAAACAAUGGGAAAAUAUAGCGAAGACCUACGAAUGUGAAGAAUGCAACAUACUGAAGAACUUCAUUCAACAUCACAGUGUUCAUACAGGAGAUAUGCCAUGUAAAGAAUGUGAAAAAACUUCAAAUAAAAGCUCCAAUCUUAUUUGUCACCAGUGGACAUACACUGGAGAGAUGCCCCACAUAUGUAAACAAUUUUGUGAAGCUUUCAGUCAAAAACCAAGCCUUAAAAAUCACCAGAGAAUUCAUAUUGGAGAGAAGCCCUACAAAUGUAAAGUGUGCGGCAAAAGUUUUAACGCAAAUUCACAUCUUGAUCGCCACAACAGGAUUCAUACUGGAGAGAAGCCUUACAAAUGUAAAGUGUGUGACAAGCGUUUUAAUCAAUCAUCAUCACUUACUCAGCACCAGCGAAUCCACACUGGAGAGAAGCCCUACAGCUGUAAAGAAUGUGGCAAAGCUUUUAAUAGCAUCUCACACCAUAAUUAUCACAAAAGGAUUCAUACUGGAGAGAAGCCUUACAAAUGUACAGAAUGUGGCAGAGCUUUUAAUAGCGUCUCACACCAUAAUUAUCACAAGAGGAUUCAUACUGGAGAGAAGCCCUACAAAUGUGAAGAGUGUGGCAAAGCAUUUAAUAGCAUCUCACAGCAUAAUUAUCACAAAAGGAUUCAUACUGGAGAGAAGCCUUACAAAUGUAGAGAGUGUGGCAAAGCUUUUAAUAAAUUUUCAAAACUUAGUUGCCACACGAGGAUUCAUACUGGAGAGAAGCCCUACAAAUGUGAAGAGUGUGGCAAAACUUUUAGUCAAAAAACAUCACUUACUCAGCACCAGCGAAUCCACACUGGAGAGAAGCCCUACAAAUGUGAAGAGUGUGGCAAAGCUUUUAAUAGCAUCUCACAGCAUAAUUAUCACAAAAGGAUUCACACUGGAGAGAAGCCCUACAAAUGUGAAGAGUGUGGCAAAGCUUUUAAUACCAUCUCACAUCUUAGUUGCCACAAGAGGAUUCAUACUGGAGAGAAGCCCUACAACUGUAAAGUGUGUGACAAGCGUUUUAGUCAAAAAACAUCACUUACUCAGCACCAGCGAAUCCACACUGGAGAGAAGCCCUACAGCUGUAAAGAAUGUGGCAAAGCUUUUAAUAGCAUCUCACACCGUAAUUAUCACAAAAGGAUUCAUACUGGAGAGAAGCCUUACAAAUGUACAGAAUGUGGCAGAGCUUUUAAUAGCGUCUCACACCAUAAUUAUCACAAGAGGAUUCAUACUGGAGAGAAGCCCUACAACUGUGAAGAGUGUGGCAAAACUUUUACUCAAAAAACAUCACUUACUCAGCACCAGCGAAUCCACACUGGAGAGAAGCCCUACAAAUGUAGAGAAUGUGGCAAAGCUUUUAGUAAAUUUUCAUAUCUUAGUUGCCACAAGAGGAUUCAUACUGGAGAGAAGCCCUACAAAUGUGAAGAGUGUGGCAAAACUUUUAAUCAAUCAUCAUCACUUACUCGGCACCAGCGAAUCCACACUGGAGAGAAGCCCUACAAAUGUGAAGAGUGUGGCAAAGCUUUUGAUAACGUCUCACGUCUUAGUUGCCACAAGAGGAUUCAUACUGGUGAGAAGCCGUACAAAUGUGAAGAAUGUGGCAGGGAUUUUUAUCAAAAAUCAUCACUUACUCAACACCAGAAAACCCAUCCUAGAGAGAAGUCCUAUAAAUGUGAAGAAUGGCAAAGCUUUUAAAAUUGAAGAUCACAUCUUAGUAACAUUAUAGAAUUUAUACUGGAGAGAAGUUUUACAAGGAAAACAUUGCAUCAGUGUCUUUAACGAUGAAUCAACCCUUAUUUCACAGUAGUUCAACACUAUUUCACACCAGAGAGAUGAUAGCACAGAAAUUAUACAAGUGUAAAAUAGGUGUCAGAGUCUCCAACAGUUGUUCACACCCUACUCAACACCUCAGAAUUCAUACAAGUAAGAGGACAUGUGGAAAAACUUUUGCAAAGCUUUUGGCCAUUGAUCAAACAUUUUUGAAACACUGGAGGAUUUAUACCAUAUAGAAACCCAGAGAAUGUGUCCAAGACUGUAUUCAAAUUUCAGACAUUUUUCAGUUUCUUACCUCAUACCUGUAGAAAAUGUGGUAUACCAUUUGUCCAAAGUAUGUACCAUAGAUAACAGCAAAAUAUUUACAAAAACACCUUGACAAGUAUAAAAAUUUGUAGUAAAUUUCUUAUCUAUAGCCCAUCCCUUGAAGUAUUUGGGACCUAGGAGGGAAAAAAUCAUUUAAAUGUAGAAAAUGGGUUAUUGCUUUUGACAUUUGCUGAAAAUUUUCUUAACAUCUUUAACUGAUAUUUCCUUAUUUCUACAAUACAAAUACAGAAUAGUGCAUCCCUAAAAGGAUAUAAUUUUACUGUAAAUCAACAAUUACUAAAUAUUCUCAUUUUUCACAGCUGGAGAAAACAUGAUUCUCAUUGUUGAUUAUUACAGAAGUCUCUUAAUGUUUAUAUGAAAUUUUAAAUUUUUAGUUUUUAUUUUUGUACUUAAACUUAGGGACACUUAAUCAGUAAACUGCAUCCCCAGAUUUUUUUUCAUUUUUAUUUAGAGAUAGGGUUUGCUAAGUUGUUUAGGGCCUCACCAAGGUAUGGAGCCUGGCUUUUAACUUUCAAAGCUUCUCACGUCCCUAGGGUCACAGGCAUGGACCACCAUGCCCAUUUUACAAAGCAUUUUUACUUAUAUUUGCCUUACGGAUGCAAUUUGUUACUAAAUAAAGUGAAUUUCUUAAUGUUAACCUUGUCAUGCAUUUAAUGACAUUAUUAGGUCACAUACCUCCCAAUAUUCACUUUGCUAAUGGAUCAAAUAUAGCAAAACAUUCUAUUGGGUAAAUAAUGCUAUAUCGUCUCCAUGGAUUAUUUCAUAUGUUUAAUCAAGUUUUAUUUGAGGAAUAUUUAUGUAGAUUAUAUACUGUUGUUUGUAAUUAUGCAAAAAUUAAGGUACAGGAAGGACCUAGGAAUACUAAAAUGAUGCCCAGAUAUCCCUAGUUUGAAUUACAACUUUAACAUUUCACCUUGUACAGUUGCAGUACUCCCUAAGGGAUCUACAAAUCUGGAGAGUUAUACAAGCUCCCAAUCAGGGAGAUGAGAAAGACCCAGAGAGUAGAAGCCAACAUGCAUAUUCAGGUAGAAAAAGGAGGGUUACAGAAGGGGGAAAUAGUCUCAUUGUUUCCUGGGGAAAACCCUGGUCCAAAGGCCCAUCCUGAUUUUUGGACUGAAGAAACCUUGCAGUUGCUCAUGAAUUCUAUGAGAGUCAUCACUGAGGAGACUGUACUGACCUCAAAUGUUGGAAAAACAUCACAAUAUAGGACCUCCCCUUUAGUCUUCGAUACCCAGUAGAAAAGUGUAACCAGAUACAUGUAAAAUGACUGUAAAAAUAAAAAGACAUGUGGGGGCAUAAAUGCUCCUAUAGUAUUUUUCAUUUCAUUGGAUUUUGUAGACCAUUUUCGUUCUACUUACUUACAAUGUAACGUUUGUUAUACUUAUUGGAUUAUACGAUAGAUAGCAUGUGUCAUGGUCUCCCAGACCCCUCUGCAACCAGUGAUUAUAAGAUACUAUAAACUAACCCUGUCCCUCCUCAGAUCUUACAGCUCCAGGAGCCCAUGACACCAAAGAGAGAGAGACACAAUUUUGAUUGAAAUAAACCUCCAGACUCUCAUCUACAAGUCCUGUUCAAAAAGUAAAAACACAAUAUUCUCUGCAUAUGUCUUUGGGUCAAGAAAACACCAUCCAAAAACGUUUCAUUUAACUUUAUUUGGAAAAAUAAAUAUUGAAAUGAUAAAUUCUAGGAGAAUAAUAUUGACACCAUUCUUUAUUCCAAGAGGUAAAUCUCUAGGUUUCAUGCUUAUCUCCAUGCCAUGUUAUUUUACACAGAACUGGCUUCAUUUUACAUGUGAGAGUUAACUAUUAUUAGGCCCAGAGGGAAGAUUCAGUACUAGAGGUCUAAGGAAAAUACUAAAGAUCUUCCCUUUGCAUGUGCCUUUAUGAGUCUGCAUAUCCUUUAUGAAACAGCUAAAGAUUGCCGAUUUCUCAAUACAUCUGGCUCAGUCAUUGGAACCCCAAUUUAUUUGGUCAUCUCAAGGCUAUCACUCCCUCCUUGGGAUCUUACCUGUUCUCGACAGUGCUCUUCAGGGGAUCACUAGGACAUGCAAGCCGUUUCUAACUUGUAUUUAUUCAGCCGCACUUUAAAUACAAGUUAGAACAAGACUUCAGACUCUCACCUGUGGAGAGGAUGCUCUGCCCAGGACUUCCCAGUCAGGACCCUGAAAAGCUGUUUGGGACUUUCCAGUACAUAGGUUCAGUGUUGGGGUUUUCCUAGUCUGGCAAUACAGUUGCCUGUGUCUGUUACUUUUGCUUUCUCUUGCUUUCAUAGUAUUACUCAAAGAAACACUGUCUGGUGUGAAGAGAGUGUCGUCCUUAUCUAUUGGACCUGACCUGCCAAGUUGAGCAACUGCCCACAUACUGAAUGUCACAAACACAUAUAUGUGUUAUCUGAUCAGUAACUAGUGUAUCUUUCAACUGCAUGAUUUUUUAUUGCAUGCGGGAGGAAAUUGAGAAUGCUUUCUUGAGUGCAUACAGCACUAUUAAUAGUAUUCAUAACACUGCUAUGUAAUGUUUUCUCUCUAAUCAACUUGUAAGUAUUGUUCUUGUGCUGCUUUGUAAAACAAAUAGAAAAGAGUUGCAAACCAAAAAUUUUGUGAUAAUAGAUAGUUGCACAGACUGACUUGGGCAACUCUAUUUACCAAUGUUUGUUAUUUUGUAUGGGCUCAAGGUACUUUUCUUUAACCUUAAUGACAUUAGCAUUUAUUGAAGAGUUUUUAACUCACAAAACUUCUCUGUAUACAAACUUUCCCUCAUCAUUUUUAAAGUUUCUUAUUUUUAGGUAUACAUGACAGUAGAGCAAAUUUUGACAUAUUACACAUACAUGGAGUAAAACAUUUUAGUUAGCAUUCCAUUCUUGAGGUGUACAUGGUGUGAACCUUCACUGGUGAUGUGUUUGUAUGUAAACAUAGAAAAGUUGUGUCUGAUUCAUUCUACUGUCAUUUCUAUUCCUAUUUCCCUUUUCUUCCCUUCGUUCCAACUUUGUCUAAUCUAGUGAAUUUCUAUUCUCUCCCCCACCGUUGAGUGGUUUAACAUCCAUAUAUAUAUAUAAUAUAUAUAUAUAUAUAAUUAUAUUAUAUGUAAUGUCUGUUUCAUUCUACUAUCCUUCCUAUCCCCAUAUCCCCUCCCCUCCCUGCACUCCUCUCUACUUAUUCUAAAGUAACUAUUCUUCCCCACCCCUCAUUGUGAGUUAGCAUCCACUUAUCAGAGAUAACAUUUGGCGUGUGUGUUGGCUUAUUUCACUUAGCAUGAUAUUCUCCAACUCCAUCCAUUUACCACCAAAUGGCAUAGUUUCAUUCAUCUUUAAGGUUAAAUAAUAUUCCCUUGGUGGGGGGAAUAUAUAUAAUCACAUUUUGUUAUCCAUUCAUCUGUUGAAGGAAACCUAGGUUGGUUCUAGGGUUUAGCUGUUGUGAAUUGUGCUGCUGUAAACCUUGGUGUGGCUGUGUCCCUGUAGUAUGCCGUUUUUAAGUCCUUUGGGUAUAGUCCGAGGACAGGGCUAGCUGGGACAAAUGGUGGUUCCAUUGUGGUUUUGCAAGGAGUCUCCAUACUGCUUUCCAUGGUGGUUGCACAAAUUUGCAGUCAGUCCCAUGAGCAAUGUGUGAGUGUUCCUUUUCCCCCACAUCCUCACCAACAUUUAUUGUUGCCUGUAUUAAUCUUUGCCAUUCUGACUAAAGUGAGAUAAAAAAAUUAAAGUAAUUUUGAUUUACAUUUUCCUAAUUGCUAGAUGUGUUGAACACUUUUUCAUGUACUUGUUAAUGGAUUAUAUUUCUUCCUGAGAAGUGUCUGUUCAGUUACUUAGCCCAUUUGUUAAUUCAAACAACAACAAACCAAUUAAGUUUUGAGUUCUUUAUAUACCCUAGAGAUUAAUGCUUUAUCUGAGGUAUAUGUGGUAUAGAUUUUAUACAAAUCUGUAGGUUCUCUCUUCACAUUAUUGUUUCUUUUGCUGAGAAGCAGCUUUUUAGGUUGAAUCUAUCCCAUUUAUUGAUUCUUGAUUUUUAAUUCUUGUGCUGUAGGGGUCUUGUUAUGGAUGUCAGAUUAUGGAUUAAUAUUUACCUCAGAUUUUUAAAUGGCAUCCCAAUUUCAUGAAUGUUUCACUUUCAUUGUUUCUCUUACUAUCUUGCCUUAUAGAUCUACAUGUUCUAAAAGGUCAUGAAAUUAUCUAGCUUCACAUGCAUGAUUUUCUGAUGACUGUUAUUUUUCAAUAUGUAGCUUCAGAUUAUUUGAAAUAGAUAUCUACUAUUUCAGACUCUUUAAUUAAAGCACAUACAUGCCUUGUGUAGGAAAUAUUCCAUCAGUAGAUCAACAUUAUAUAUAUAAAAAUAUAUAAAAGCCUGAUUUCAAAUGCAUGCACAUCCACUCCAGAGCUUGGCCCAGAACACUUAUUCUAUAUUAGUUCUACAUUUUAGAACCUCCGUGAAAGCUGUUAUAAAUCCAAAGCCCGAGACACACUCCCCAGACUUUUUUUUUUUUUUUUUAGGGGGGACAAUGAAGUUUGAACUCAGGGACACUCAACCACUGAGCCACAUCCCUCGCCCUAUUUUAUGUAGAGAUAGAGAUUUACUAAGCAGCUCAGUGAGAUCCUUUCACUGAGGCUGGCUCUGAACUCAUGAUCCUCCUUCCUCAGCCUUCCAAGCUGCUGAGAUUACAGGCAUGUGCCACCAUGCCUAGCUCCCCAGAGAGCCUUCCUUAACUGAUUGGAACCCACUUGUUCAGUGUAUUGUGGCCUAAUCCUCACAAUUAGAGAUGAAAUUACUUUCCUCUUUAUUAAAAAUCAGGGCAACUUACACAAAGAUUGGAUUAAACAGCGCCUAGUUACACAGCAAGUCCACAUGAUAAUAAAGGUGUGGUCUGCAAUUCUCCUCUCCAAAGAGCUCUUCUUGGCUCCACAAAGUUAGGAGUAUUCACCAACCCUCUGCCAUGCUCAUUCCAGAAGCCUCCCAGGAGGCGAGUGUAUAUGAGGGACAGCAUUUCAGGUGGCACCUUGAUGAUCAUUGGGCCAUGCCAUGGAUUAAGGCAGAGUCCAUGUCAGAGGCUCAAAACUUUCAUGUGGCUGGUCCAGGAUAGGGGCUGCCUGAGGGGAUACUUUUCCUCCGCCCUUGAUGUGUCUUGCCUAACUGUGUGUAUACUGAAAUACUUGUUCAACGACUUGCACUCUUCCUAUUUUAUGUUUCCCUCUCAUGUGGUUUUGGAGUUCUCAUGCUUUGGCAAUUAUUGUGACUUUUGUCUUCAGUUUUACAACCUCCUUCAGCCCAUCCAUGUGGAAUUUCUGUCUGUGGAUAUUAGUUUUCAUUUUAUAUAUUUCCAUUUAGUCCAAAUUUCCAGUUACCUCUAGAAAGAACAAAUGUUUGAUUCAUUAUCAUGCCUGUACUAACCCUUCACAUGUUGAUAAUGGUGGUGAUUAAGAACUAUCUUCUGAUUUCUACAACUGGAACAUCUUCCAUCGCAAUAUCAGUCAGGAAAACAGACCCUCCUGUAGGAACAUUUGGGUUUCCCCGUAAUGAGAGCUUGGGGUCUGUAGAGAAGUGCAUGGGCUCUCUCGUACCCUGAGGAGGUCCACAGAACAGGGUAGAGGAGAGUGGCUGUGGAGUCUCUAAUCAACACCUCCAGACACCAAGCAGGAAGCAGGUCUGAUUUUAUUGUGUAGUUACCAUGUAUAUGUACUCAGGCAGUGCCUAAGCAAAAUAUAGGCAACCACCAAUGCAAUGUCUGCUAACAGUCCUUGCAGUGAACAAUCAAGGAGUGGGACUGCAACACAUGGCCUUGUGCCCAGAGCUGUGCUGAUGGGGUAAGCAGUUUGCCACUCACACGCCUAGCAUGGGGAGUGGCCUGCCAUGCAGACACCUUUAACCUAUGCCCUGUAUGCAGUACUCCAUGCACUCGUCCCCACAGAGAAGCACCUCUGAGGCUUCUUCUUUCUUGACUUUAAAGAACAAUUUCUCUUCUAGUGGCCUUUCUCAGGAGAUAUUUAAAAUAAUAGUAAUAUAAAUACCUUAGAUUUACAAAAGCAACCCAUGGAUCUCACCUCUACUUCUCACAAAGAGCUGCCAUUCAUUCAGUCAUGUCUUGCCUAGGGUUUGCUCAUCAUGUUACUGGAGGGUGUGUGUUGAAGCAGAGGUGCUGGGUGAUGGUGUUGCCCUCUGAGGUGGCAGUCAUUUCUUCCUAGUGCUCUUCAUAGAUUCCCAGCACACAAAGAGCCACAGGUCAGAGGUUUCUGCCGAGGCUGACAUCAGUCCCAAUCCUACUUGCUUGAAGCAAGUCCAGUCUCAAUUCUCCAUCUCCCUUUUGUCUGUUUUUAUGUUACCGAAUACCAAGGGGACAUGGGGAGGGUUGGCAGUAGUGGUGAAGCUGAGCUCUGUGAUGAGGACAACCGCAAGCUGUAAGUGUGCACUUGAGUUGAUAAGGGUUGAGGAAAUAGGAUCUGUCACCCCUGUGAGCAGGAUGGUGCUCACACUGCAUACGGGAGAAGAGAUGUUUCUUCCUCUCACUUUCACCCUAGAAUGUGCCCACCCAGAGGAUCCAAAUAACCCUAACAUGCAGCAGGGUGUCCUUCUCCUGUAAUUCUCUCUACAUCUGUCCUGACCACCAGCUCGUGUCCACUGCCUGAGCAGUCCUCACUAGAUGGUUGCAACACAGAUGAUGGUGCAUGUAUCACACAGCCUCCCCUGACUUUAGUGACAGCACCAUAUCUAACAUGACUCCUUCCUAGAUCCAGAUACUAGAGGGAGUCUUUACUAUCAGCUCUAACAAACAAAACUUCUGAUUUUUUUUUUUGAAAAUUUCUUUUUCAUGUGUGAUCUGUUUUUUCUCAUCUCCUCACUUGGCCUUUUCUUCCUCUUACCAUAUGUGAAUUCUUCAAAUGUAAUCAAUGUCGGAAAUCUGUUUGAUUCCCUGUGAUUUACACAUCCUUCCACACAGAAUGCCCAAUCAAGCUGGGAGGCAGCUUGAUUUCUCCAGUACAUAAAGGACAUGAGUGCCCAGUACGAUAGGGCAUUCCUGGACCAAGCUGGAAGCAUCACUCCGUAGACCCUUGUUUGAGGGGUGUUUCUCAGAUUACCUCCCUGAUGUCAGAGAGCUUGUGUUAUGUCUCAUGAUCUCCUGGACUAUGUUGUGCCAGGCAUAAUGUGCACAGCUGGGAAGGUACAUAGCUCAGGAUUUCAGUCAUCUAUGAAUCAUUCCCAUUCUCCAGGAUGCUUCUUAACAACAAUGGAACUCAGCAGGCACAUUACUAUAGAUAUCUCUUCACAACACUACCAUGAUAUAUUUACACAAUUUUAAUCAUACUUGAUGCACAUCAUUUAGUGAUGAUUGUGGUUCAAAACUGGAGCUAGUAGAAUCACCAGACUGGGCUUUCUUCUGGCACUACCUGUAUGAAGAUUAGUUCUCCUCAUUAUUUACAUGAUAUAUGUACACAAUUUUAAUCAUAUAUACUUGAUGGUCAUUAUUUAGUGAUAUGAUUGUAGUUCAAAACUGGAGAUUGGUCAUCCUGCAGACUGCUUUCUCCUGGAACUACCUGUAUGAAGAUUAGUUCUCCUUAUGAUUGCAUGAAAUUGUGUCCCUUUCUUUGAAGCAUACUAUCAGGAAAGGGUCUAAAUUUUUCCUGAUACAGUUAUUGAAAUUUACCAUCAGAAAACAAUUUUCCAACAGUUUCAAGGCAAUGAACAAUCCAUCCUUGAGUUCUUGACUAUUACUGCAAAUUCAUGGCACCUGCACACUCCUGUAGGUAUGACUGCAGAUUCCUCAGUCACACCUUAAAUUCAUCCAAUGGCCUUGAGAUGCACGUGAUUAAAACAUGUCAUUUAAUGACUGUUAGAAAACUUGGAUUGUGUAAGAUUCAAAUGUUUAAAACAAAUUAAAGCAGAUUCUGUGUGUCACAGAAAAGUGAUACAAUGCAGUUUUUCAUUUUAAAUACAGUUUUUUCAUUUUGUUGGUGUUGAGACAAGGCAAUUUUAAAACCCUGUUUCUUUCCUUUGUAUACCACAGAUUGAACCCAGGGCACUUAGUCAUUAAACUAUCUCACCAGCCACUUUUCAUAUUGGAGGAAAAUCUUGCUAAGUUACUGAGCUUUGGCAUUGCAAUCCUCUGACUCCUGAGCCAAUGGGAUUGCAGGCAUUCAGCCUCACCUAAAACAAUUUUAAGUUAUUUUUACAUGCUAAUAUAGAUCUAUUUAAGCUUAUACUAUAAAAAAUAUUUUACAUAAGUCAAAUAUUAUACAAAUAAGAAUUGGCAUAUGCCAUUUAUAUAUAGAUCUCACCAAAAAAGACCUAAGGCCUAGUGAUUAAAUGUGAACCCUAAAAUAUUUUGGGGGGUACCAAGGAUUAAACUCGGGGGCACUCAAACAGUGAGCCACAUCCCCACUCCUAUUUUAUAUUUUAUUUAGAGACAGCAUCUCACCAAGUUGCUCAGGGCCUUGCUGUUGCUGGAUUUGAACUCACCAUCCUCCUGUCUUAGCCUCCCAAGGCACUGGGAUUAUAGUUUACAAUUUUAAAAUUUAUAUUCUUUUUUUCUGGACUUACCAUGGGAGAUUGUCUUUUUCUACUGAUUUUUCAUAUUUUACAAAUCUUGUAUGUUUGCACUCAUAUGUUGAGGCUGAAAAAGUUGAUCACAAAGAACCACAAGAGAGAAAAGCUUUUUGUAUCUGUUAGAAGAGACAGUUGGCAAGGAGUGCCGAAAAGCAGUUAAGAGGGUUUUAUAGCCCAUAGUUUGAAUUGUAUAAGUAAUUAUUAGACUGUGGACAUUCUAACAAGAUUUUGCAGGUUUCAAACAACCAAAUGUUAUUUUAGAAGGUAGAAAUUGCACUGAUUUGAUCAAUACACAUGUUCAAUUAAAAUGCUGGAUCCUAUAUGUAGGUACAAAUUAAAAAUUAAACAAUAAUUAACACUUCAACUAGCAAAAAUAAACAAAGAUGGCUGUAAAUACAAACUGUCUCAAUAGCAACCCUAAAUGUUAGUGGCUUAAACACACCAAUCAAAAGACAUAGGCUAGCAGCCUGGAUUAAAAAAAAAAUCCAACAAUAUGCUGCCUCCAGGAGACUCAUUUGAUAGGAAAAGACAGACUAAAGGUGAAAGGUUGGGAAAAACAUUCCACUUACAUGAAUCUUGAAAGCAAGCAGGUCUCCAUACUAAUAUCAAAUAAAGUAGACUCAAGUCAAAGUUAAUCAAAAGAGAUAAAGAAGAACAUUACCUACUGCUCAAGGGAACCAUCACCAACAAGACAUAACAAUCAAAUAUAUAUGCCCCAAACAAUGGUACACCUAUGUUCAAACAAACUCUUCUCAAGUUCAAGAGUCAAACUGACCACAACAUGAUCUUGGGUGACUUUCACACACCUCUCACCACUGGACAGAUCUUCCAAACAAAAGUUGAAUAAGGAAACUAUAGAACUCAAUAACACAAUCAAUAACUUAGACUUAAUUGACAUCUAUAGACUAUAUCAACCAAUAUCAAGUGGAUAAACUUUCUUCUCAGCAGCACAUGGAUUCUUCUCAAAAAUAGACCAUAUAUUAUGCCACAGGGCAACUCUUAGCAAAUACAAAGAAGUAGAGAUACUACCAUGCAUUUUAUCAUAUCAUAAUGGAAUGAAAUUGGAAAUCAAUAAGGACGAAAAUGCUACAGAAUGAACAAUGGGUUACAGAAGACAUCAAGGAGGAGAUUAAAAAAUUCUUAUAAGUGAAAAUACAGACACAACAUAUCGAAAUCUCUGGGACACUAUGACAGCAGCACUAAGAGGAAAAUCCAUUGCAUGGAGUUCAUUCCUUAAUAGAAAGAACUUAAUAGAAAGAUCCAACAAAUAAAUGACCUCACAUUACAUCUCAAAGCCCUAGAAAAAGAAAAAAAAAAUCAGCAGGAAAACAAGAAAAAAAAAAUCAGCUGAAACCAAUGAAACUGAAACAAAAGAAACAAUUGAAAAAAUUUACAAAACUAAAAGUUGGUUCUUUGAAAAAAAAUAAAAUUGACAGACCCUUAGCCAUGCUAACAAAGAGAGAGAAAUCAAAUUACCAGAAGUCAUAAAAAAGGCAAUAUCACAGCAGACACUACAGAAAUACAAAGGAUAAUUAGAAAUUAUUUUGAAACCGUAUACUCUAAUAGCUUAUACUCUGAUAGAAUAGAAGUUAGUGAAGGCAUCAAUAAAUUCCUUAAGUCAUGUGAUCCGCCCAGAUUGAGUCAGGAAGAUAUAACACAACUUAAACAGACCAAUAUCAAGUGAGGAAAUAGAAGAAGCCAUCAGAAGAUUCCCAACCAAGAAAAGCCAAGUACUGGAUGGAUAUGCAGCCAAGUUUUACUAGACCUUUAAAGAAGUAAUACCAAUACUCUUCAGCCUAUUUCUGGCAAUAGAAAAAGAGGGAGUACUUCCAAAUUCAUUCUACGAGGCCAAUAUCACCCUGAUCCCAAAACCAGGCAAAGACACUUCAAAGAAAGAAAACUUCAGACCAAUCUCUCUAAUGAAUAUAAAUGCAAAAAUCCUCAAUAAAAUUCUGGCAAAUCAAAUACAAAAACAUCUCAAAAAUAUCAUGCACCAUGAUCAAGUGGGAUUCAUCCCCAGGAUGCAAGGUUGGUUCAAAAUACAGAAAUCAAUAAAUGUAAUUCAUCACACCAAUAGACUUAAAGAACCAUAUGAUCAUCCCAGUAGAUGCAGAAAAGCAUUUGACAAAAUACAGCACCCCUUCAUGUUCAAAACACUAGAAAAAAUAGGGAUAGCAGGACAUAUCUCAACAUUCUAAAGGCUGUCUACACUACACUAAGCCUCAGGCCGACAUCAUUCUCAAUCGAGAAAAACUGAAGGCAUUCCCUCUAAAUAUUGAACAAGACAGGGAUGCCCUCUCUCACCACUUCUAUUCAAUAUAGUUCUUGAGACACUGGCCAAAGCAAUUAGAUGAAAGAAAUUAAAGGAAAAGUAUAGGAAAAGAAGAACUUAAACUAGCACUAUUUGUUGACAAUUGGAUUCUAUCCCUAGAAGACCCAAAAAAACUACACCAGAAAACUUCUAGAACUAGUAAAUGAAUUCAGCAAAGUAGCAGGAUAUAAAAUAAACACACAUAAAUCAAAGGCAUUUCUGUAUAUCACUGACAAGUCCUCUGAGAAGGAAAUGAGGAAAACUACCCAUUCACAAGAUCCUCAAAAAAAUAGAUAAAUAGAUAAAGUACUUGGGAAUCAACUUAACAAAAGAGGUGAAAGAUCUAUACAAUGAGAACUACAGAACCCUAAAGCAAGAAAUCAAAGAAGACCUUAGAAGAUGAAAAGAUGUACCUUGCUCCUGGAGAAGCAGAAUUAAAAUUAUCAAAAUUACCAUACUAACAAAAUAACUAUACAGGUUCAGUGUAAUUCCAAUAAAAACCCCAAUGACAUUGAUCAUAGAAAUAGAAAAAGCAAUCAUGAAAUUCAUCUGGAAAAAUAAGAGACCCAGAAUAGCUAAAGUAAUUCUAAGCAGGAAGAGCAGAACAGGUGGCAUCACUAUACCAGACCCUAAACUAUAACACAGAGCAAUAGUAAAAAAAAAAAAAAAAAAAAACAGCAUGGUACUGGAACCAAAACAGGAGGGUAGACCAAUGGUACAGAAUAGAGGAAACAGACUGACCCACAAAACUACAAUUAUCUUAUAUUAGACAAUAUAAGAUAAAACUCAGAUGCACAAAACUCAAAGUGGAUCAAGGACCUAGGAAUUAAAGCAGAGACUAUGCAGCUAACAGAAUAAAAAGUAGGCUCUAAUCUUCAUCAUGUGGGGUUAGGCCCCAACUUCCUUAAUAAGAAACCUAUAGCACAAGAAUCAACAAAUGGGAUGGAUUCAAACUAAAAAGUUUUUCUCAGCAAAAUAAUAAUAACAAUAAUUUGUGAGGUGAACAGAAAGCCUACAUCCUAGGAGUGAAUCUUUACCCCUCACACAUCAGAUCAAACACUAAUCUUGAGGGUAUAUAAAGAACUCACCAAGCUAAGCACAAAAAAAAAAAAAAAAAAAAAAAAACCUAGUCAACAAAUGGGCCAAGGACAUGAACAGACACUUCUCAGAAGAGAACAUGAAAUCAAUCAACAAAUAUGAAAAAAUUCCCAUCAUUCUAGCAAUUAGAGAAAUGCAAAUCAAAACUACUCCAAGAUUCAUCUCACUCCAGUCAGAAUGGCAGCUAUUAUGGAGACACACAACAACAAGUGUUGGCAAGAAUGUGGGGGAAACAGAACACUCAUACACUGCUGGUGGGACUGCAAAUUGGUGCAGCUAAUUUGGAAAGCAGUAUGGAGAUUCCCUGGAAAGCUGGGAAUGGAACCACCACUUGACCCAUCUAUUUCUUUUCUUGGACUAUACCCAAAGGACUUAAAAACAGCGUAUUACAGGGACACAGCCACAUCAAUGUUUAUAGCAGCACAAUUCACAAUAGUUAAACUGGGCCAACCUUGCUAUCCUUCAGUGGAUAGAUUAAAAAACUGGCAUUUAUAUAUAGUAGAAUAUUACUCAGCACUAAAAAAGAAUAAAAUCAUGGCAUUUGCUGGUAAAUGGAUGGCGUUGGAAAAGAUAAUGCUAAGUGACAUUAGCCAAUCCCAAAAAAACAAAUGCCAAAUAUUUUCUCUGAUAUAAGGGGGUGACUCACACUGGGGUAGAAAGGGAGAGCAUGGGAGGAUUAGAUUAAUUCUAGAUAGGGAAGAGGGGUGGGGAGGGAAAGGGAGGGGGAAGGCGAUUAGCAAGGACGGUGGAAUAUGCUAGACAUCAUUAUACAAAAUACAUGUAUGAAGAUUUGAAUUUGGUGACAACAUACCUUUCAUAGAGAUAUGAAAAAUUGUGGUAUAUAUGUGUAUUAAGAAUUGUAAUGCAAAAAAGAGUACUUGUUUAAUGGCAUAAAUUAGCGUGAACAUUAUUUAUAUACAGAGAUAUGAGAAAUUGUGCUCUAUAUGUAUAAUAAGGAUUGUAAUGCAUUCCACUAUUGCCAUGUAUUAAAAAAAAUAAAUUUACAAAAAAGAAAGGUAUUGGAACUCCUUGGGGACACUAUAAGCCUACAGGGUAAAAAUUGUAACACCUUGAAAACACAGAGCUGGAAGGGAAGAAGCAUGAACAACAUGAAAAACCAAGCAAGAAUGUGCCCCAAACAAAGAUGCUACAUUAUUAGAACCCAUGGUCAGAACAGCAGGAGAAAUGACAGAAGGAGUGGAGGAGGUACAUAAUUUUCUGUGAAUUAAAGGAUGAUAUAAGAGAGCAAAUAUAGGCAGCAAAGAUCAUUUUGAUAAAGAGAUAAGCAAAUACAGAAAGCAAACGAUUCCUUUAAUAAGGAGAUAGAGAUUCUGAAAAGAACAAACACAAAUCCUUGAAAUGAAGGAAAGAGUAAACCAAUUUAAAAACUCAAUAGGAGGGCUGGGGAUGUGGCUCAAGUGGUAACGCGCUUGCCUGGCAUGUGCAAAGCACUGGGUUUGAUCCUCAGCACAACAUAAAAAUAAAGAUGUUGUGUCAACCGAAAAAUGAAAAAUAAAUAAAAACAAUUUAAAAACUCAAUAGGAAGCAUCUCCAACUGAAUAGAUCACUUUGGAAGACAGGACCUCAGACAUUGAAGGCAAAAUAUAUAACCUUGAAAAAAAAAGUUGACCAUAGUGAAGAUGGUAAGAAACCAUGAGCAGAGGAUGCAUGAAUUAUGGGAUAAUAUGAAGAGUCCAAAUUUUAAAAUUAUUGGGAUAGAGGAAGGCAUAGAGGUCCAAACCAAAGGAAUGAACAAUCUAUUCACUGAAAUAAUAUCAGAAAAAUUUCCCAACAUGAAGAAUGAAUUGGAAAAUCAAAUAAGAGAAGCCUACAGGAUGCCGAAUGUACAAAAUCGCAACAGAUCCACACCAAGGCACAUCAUAAUUAAAAUGCCCAACAUAGAGAAUAAGAGAAUUUUAAAAGCUACAAGAGAAAGUAACCAGAUUACAUAUAGAGGGAAACCAAUUAGGAUCUCUGGUUUCUCAAUGGAGACCUUGAAACCUACAAGAUCCUGCAACAAGAUAUACCAAGCUCUGAAAGAAAUGGAUGGCAUCCAAGAAUCAUCCAGCAAAACUAAAUUUUGAUUAAUAAUUAUAUUUUGAUUUUGAUAUGUUAUCUUUAAGACAAAAUAAAAACCUUCCAUAAUAUAUAAAAAAAAUUACAACUAGAAAGCCUGCACUACAGAACAUCCUUGGCAAAAUAUUCCAUGAGGAGAAAAUGAAAAACAACAAUGAAAGUCAGAAGAGGUAGGUAUUACACUAAAGGAAAAACCUACCAAAGAGAAACCAAGUCAAGAUAAAUGCAAAAAAUAGACAAAAAUAACUGGGAAUACCAAUCAUGUCUCAAUAGUAACCCUGAAUGUUAAUUUCCAAAACUCAGCAAUCAAAAGACAGACUGGCAGAUUGGAUAAAAAAAAGACCCAACAAUAUGCUGCCUUCCAGAGAUUCAUGUCAUAGGAAAAGACAUCCACAGAGUGAAGGUGACAGGUUGGGAAAAAACAUAUCACUUGGGAGCUGGGGUUGUGGCUCAGUGGGAGUACACUAGCCAAGCAUGUGCAAGGCCCUGGGUUCGAUUCUCAGCACCACAUAAAAAUAAUAAAGGUAUUGUGUCCAACUAAAAAAUAAACAGUAAAAAAACAUUCAUCAGGCUGGGGCUCAGGGGUAGAGCGCUCACCUAGCACGUGUCAGGCCCUGGGUUUGAUCCUCAGCACCACAUAAAAAUAAAUAAAGGUAUUGUGUCCAUCUACAACUAAAAAAUGAAUAUUAAAAAACAUACCACUCAGACUGUGGAAGCAAGCAGAGGUUUCCAUCCAAAUCAAGUAAUGUGGACUUCAAGUGAAAAUUAAUCAGAAGGGACAAACAAUAAUAUUUCAUACUCCUCAAGGGAGCCAUACACCAACAAGAGAUAACAAUUAUAAAUAUCAUCCCCUAAAGAAUGGAGCAUCUAUGUUCAUCAUACAAACUCUUCAUCAUUUCAAGAGUCAAAUAGAUCACAAUACAAUAAUUCUAGGUGACUUUAAACAUCUCUGGAUAGAUCUUCCAAACAAAAGCUUACAGAGAAAUUAUAGAACUCAAUAAGACAAUUAAUAUCUUAGAUUUAACAUAUAUAGAAUAUUUCAUCCUUCAACAAGUGAAUGCACAUUCUUCUCAGCAGCACAUGGAUCCUUCUCUAAAAUAGACCAUAUACUUUGCCAUAGGGCAACUCUUAGCAAAUAAAAAGGAGUAGAGAUACUACCCUGCAUUCUAUCAGAUCAUAAUGGAAUGAAAAUAGAAAUCAAUGAUAAGAAUAGAAGUUACUCCAAAAGAUGGAGACUAAAUAAUAUUCUACUGAAUGAACAAUGGAUUGUAGAAGACAUCAAGGAGAAGAUUUAAAAAUUCUUAGAGGUAAGUGAGAACACAGACACAACAUCAAAAUCCUGGGGACACUAUGAGAGUAGUACUAAGAGGAAAAAUUAUUGCAUGGAGUUCAUUCCUUAAGAAAAACCCAACAAAUAAAUUACCUCACACUACAUCUCAAAACCCUAGAAAACAAAGAGCAAAUCAGCAGAAAAAAGCAGAAGGCAAGAAAUUAUUAAAAUCAGAGCCGAAAUCAAUGAAAAUGAAACAAAAGAAACAAUUGAAAAAUUGACAAAACUAGAAGUUGGUUGUUUGAAAAAAUAAAUAAAAUUGACAGACCCAUAGCCAUGCAAACGAAGAGAAGGAGAGAACUCAAAUUACCAGCAUCAUAAUGAAAAAGGCAAUAUCACACAGACACUAGAGAAAUACAGAGGAUAAUUAGAAAUCAUCUUGAAACCUUGUACUCUAAUAAAAUAGAGGACAGUGAAGGCAUUGAUAAAUUCCUAAAGUCAUAUGGCCUGCCCAGAUUGAGUCAGGAAGACAUACACAACUUCAACAGACCAAUAUCAAGUGAGGAAAAAGAAGAAGCCAUCAGAAGAUUGAUAACCAAGAAAAGCCCAGGACCAGAGGGAUAUACAGCCAAAUUUUACAAGACCUAUAAAGAGGAACUAAUACCAAUACUCUUCAAUUUAAUUCAGGAAAUAGAAAAAGAGGGAGUACUUCCAAGCUCAUUCUAUGAGUCCAUAUCACCCUGAAUCCAAAACCAGACAAAGACACCUCAAAGAAGGAAACUUCAGGCCAAUAUCUGUAAUGAUCAUAGAUGCAAAAAAUCCUCAAUAAAAUUCUGGCAAAUCAAAUACAAAAACGUAUCAAAACCAUUGUGCACCACGAUCAAGUGGGAUUCAUCCCAGAGAUGCAAGGUUGGUUCAACAUACAGAAAUCAAUAAGUGUAAUUCAUCACAUCAAUAGACUUAAAGAUAAGAAUCACAUGAUCAUCUCAACAGAUGCAGAAAAAGCAUUUGACAAAAUACAGCACCCCUUCAUGUUCAAAACACUAGAAAAAAUAGGGAUAACAGGAACAUAUCAACAUCAUAAAGGCUAUCUAUGCUAAGCCCCAGGCCAACAUCAUUCUAAAUGGAGAAAAACUGAAGGUAUUCCCUCUAAAAUCUGAACAAGACAGGCAUGCCCUCUCUCACACUUCUAUUCAACAUAGUUCUUGAAACACUGGCCAGGGAAAUUAGAUGAAAGAAAUUAAAGGAAUAACUAUAGGAAAAGAAGAACUUAAACUAGCACUAUUUGCUGAUGAUAUGAUUCUAUACCUAGGAGACCCAAGAAACUAUACCAGAAAAUUUCUAGAACUAGUAAGUGAAUUCAUCAAAGUAGCAGGAUAUAAAAUCAACACCAAUAAAUCAAAGGAAUUUCUGUAUAUCAGUGACAAAGCCUCUGAGAAGGAUAUGAGGUAAACUACCCCAUUCACAAUAUCCUCAAAAAAAAAAAAAAGUAAGAUACUUGGGAAUCAACUUAACAAAAGAGGUAAAAGAUCUACACAAUGAAAACUACAGAACCCUAAAGAGAAAUCAAAGAAGAUGGAAAGGUCUACCUUGCUCAUGGAUAGGCAGAACUAAUAUUAUUAAAAAUGACCACACUACCAGAAGCACUACACAUAUUUAAUGCAAUUCUGAUCAAAAUCCCAAUGGCAUUCCUCAUAGAAAUAGAAAAGUCAAUCAUGAAAUUCAUCUGGAAAAAUAAGAGACCCAGAAUUGCUAAAGCAAUUCUAAGCAGGAAGAGUGAAACAGAUGGCAUUGCUAUACCAGACCUUAAUCUAUACCACAGAGCAAUAGCAUGGUACUGGCAGCAAAACAGGCUGGCAGACCAAAGGUAGAGAAUAGAGGACACAGAGACUAACCCACAAAAUUACAACUACCUUAUAUUAAACAAAGAUGCCAAAAGCAUACACUGGAGAAAGGAAAGCAUCUUCAACAAAUGGUGCUGGGAGAAUUGUAAAUCGAUAUGCAACAAAAUGAAAUUGAAUCCCUAUCUCUCAUCCUGCAAAAAAAGUUAACUCAAAAUGAUCAAGGACCUAGGGAUUAAACCAGAGACUUUGCAGCAAAUAGAAGGAGAAGUAGGCCCUAAUGUUCAUCACAUGAGGCUAGCCCCCAACUUCCUUAAUAAGAUGCCUAUAGCACAAGAAUUAAAACCAAGAAUCAACAAAAGGGAUGGAUUCAAACUAAAAAGUUUUUUCUCAGCAAAGAAAUCAAUGUGUGAGGUGAACACAGAGCCCACAUUCUGAGAGCAAAUUUUUACCCCUCACACUUCAGAUAGAGCUCUAAUCUCUAGGGUAUAUAAAGACUCAAAAAGCCAAGCACCAAAAAUAAAAAUAAAUAAAAAAAUAA